CUACUUUAUAUUUUUUAAUAGCGAGAAACGAAUUAUUCUACUUCGUAUAUAUCUUCUUAAAGUAUUCUUCUUACCCGAAACCCCCUGCUAUAAAUUUGCAGUUGAUAGAUAUGCUCUUUAACGAUUAAGGCAGUUUAGUGUAUCAAAUUAAGUUACGGCUAAGAAAACAUGGCUGCAAUCCAACAAGUCCCAACAACAAUGGUUAGCGAUAAGAAAAAGGCUAUUUUGGAAGAGCUGAUGUUGGAAGCAAGGGACAAAGCAUCUUUGGAACCUGAGGUUGGUGGUGUUAAGGGGGAAGUUGUUACUCGUUGUAUCAUUUUUAAUCGUGAUAAGAACCGUGUACCUUUGGAGAUACUUUAUGAACAUAACUGGUCCGGAAAUCCGGUGCCGAGCUACCCUCCAUUUAUUUUCAAUGAGAUGCAUCCCGCUCAAUUCAAGCACCAAGGCACCCUUCCGCAAGGGUCCAAGGGAGGAUUUGUUUACGCUGAUCGUAAAAGUUUCCCUGCACGAAAAUGGCUCGUCGCUUUUGACAUUCCAAAAAAUAAGGUUUACGUUGAAGCUGGUCCAAUAGGACCUGUAGACUGGAAUGUAGUUGAAGUCAAACUUAAUGCGUCGGAAAAUUCAAGUUACCAUGAGGACCCAGUUUUCGGAGGUGUGGCUGAAGCAGGUAUCUACAACGGUCAACUCAAUGGAGCGUUCACUAAUUAGCCUGCUAUAUGUAUAGGUUGCUAAUUACUAAAUGCUGCAAGUAGGCAUUUUAUAAUAAAGUCACAAAAAAGUCCUCUUGUUAUGCUUAUGAAUACGUAUCUGUGAUACGAAAUACUCCGUAAUGUUCCCAAGUCUGUAAUAUGAUUAUGAAGUACUUUCCUUGUUUCCUUAAUGUUUUUUCAUUUGCAUGCCUUGCUUUGCAGUUAUCAAUGCACAUCUUAAAGCAACAAUUACUAUUUUAUAAUUACAUAUAUAGAAUUAUGUAAAAUAUAUAUUUUAAAGUUUAAUUAUAAGUGAGUUCCGUGCUCUCUUUUAUAGGA